GCCGCGCGGUGCGGGAGGCGGCUGGGCGAAGAAGCGUCGUCCCGGCCGGGCAUCUCCUCUCAGCGGCGGGGGCCUGCCGGGGACCAUGGCCUCCUCCUGCGGCGGCGGAGAGGGGGCGACCGUUGAAAGCCGCGAGGAGCUCUCCAACGGCAUGAACCUGAUGGACUUCUCAGACGAGAUCCUCCUGCACAUCCUGAGAUACAUCCCGGUCUCCGAUCUCGUCCUGAGCAUCCGGAGAGUGAGCAGGAAACUGGCGGCCCUCAGUCUUGACAAGAGCCUCACCCACUUGGUGAACCUCCACAAGGACUACCAGGUGGACAAAGACAAGGUGAAGCAGCUGAUGCGGGAGAUCGGGAAGGAGAUCCACGAGCUGAACAUGGCCGGCUGCUACUGGCUGCCGGGCUCCACCGUCGACCAGGUGACCCACUGCAAGAGCCUGGUGCGGCUGAACCUGUCCGGCUGCCCCCUGACCUCCCUCCGCCUCUCCAAGAUGCUCUCGGCCCUGCCGCGCCUCCGCUCGCUGGCCAUCGACGUCAACCCGGGCUUCGACGCCUCCCACCUGAGCAGCGAGUGCAAGGCCACCCUGAGCCGGGUGCUGGAGCUGAAGCAGACCCUCUACACCCGCUCCUACGGGGUGGUCCCCUGCUGCACCAGCUUGGAGAAGCUCCUCCUCCACUUCGAGAUCCUAGACCGCUCGUGCUUUAUCCUCUCCGGCCAGCUGAUGGUGGGCGAGAGCAACGUCCCCCACUACCAGAACCUGCGGGUCUUCUACGCCCGCCUGGCGCCCGGCCUGGUCAACCAGGAGGUGGUGAGGCUCUACCUGGCGGUGCUGAGCGACCGGACGCCGGAGAAGCUCCACGCCUUCCUCAUCUCCGCCCCCGGCGGCUUCGCCGAGAGCUGCACCGUCAAGAACCUCCUGGACUCCAUGGCCCGGAGCGUGACGCUGGACGCCCUCCAGCUCCCCCGCUCC